UGCGUAACCGCAGAAAAUAAUUUGCGUGAAAGUGUCACUCGUGCUGCAGAUCAAUGGCGGGAUCAGAGUGGCGCGUGUCGUUAAAGCUGAUAGAUCAACCGUUAGUGCCGAAGUCGGUGCUGCAGUUUCCAGAGACUGAACCUGGAGAUGUUCCUCCUGGAGAAUAUCGCGUCUCUACUCUUAAACAACUCGUUUCUGCACAGAUCCCUGAUGCCAUACCUGAUCCUGACCUCAUAGAGUUGGUGUACUGUGGCAGGAAGUUAAAGGAUGACUUGACUCUAGACUCCUAUGGGAUUCAGUCUGGAUCUACUGUUCACAUCUUGAGAAAGUCAUGGCCAGAACCCGAGAUUCAGCCUGAGCCAGUGGACAAGGUUGCCGCCGCAAGGGAAUUUCGUGUCUUACAAGCAGCUCUUCAGACCAGCACUGCAUACAGAGACUCCGUGUUCAAGAUGUUAAACAACAAAGAAUCUCUGGAUCAGAUUAUAGUUGCGACACCCGGGCUGAGUAGCGAUCCUGUAGCUCUAGGGGUGCUUCAAGACAAAGACCUCUUCAUACAAUUCACAGACCCGAACAUGCUUGACACGUUGGUUAAUUCUCAUCCCGCAUUGGUGAAUGCUAUCAUCUUGGUACUUCACUCUGUGGCCGGUAGCGUGCCACCCCAGCAGAGCGCCAACUCAUCCAGAAAUGUGUCAUCUAGCUCCUAUAGUGACAUGCCAGGAGGUUUCCUCUUUGAAGGAACGUCUGAUGAUGAGGAUGAAUUCCAACCGGGAAAUCGUGGUGGACCAUCCAAUCUUGCCAGUGGUUUGGCAGGCAUGAGACCAGCUUCACUUGGUUACAAUGGAGCCGUGGGUCCCAGACCCAUCACUCAAAGUGAGCUGGCCACAGCUCUGGCCCUUGCCAGCACCCCUGAGAGCAGUGCUGCCACGCCAACUACAGGAAACCAGGGUCCAUCUUCAGGUGUGUCUCCUAUCCCUGCCGGGACACCCAUAACAAAUGAUCUCUUUAACCAGGCACUACAACAGGCGCUGCAGGUGUCAAGCAUGUCCAGCUUACAGAACCAGUGGCAGUCACAGCUCCAGCAGUUACGGGACAUGGGUAUUCGUGAUGAGGAGCUCAUCCUAAGAGCCCUGCAGGCCACGGGUGGAGACAUUCAAGCUGCUUUGGACCUCAUAUUCGCUGGAGGGGCACUAUGAGUCUGUCCUCUGAAAUAAAACAGGAUUGUGAUGUUACCCCCCAAAAUAAGCCCUAUUUAUGUCAAAAUGUUUUAACUAACAUUUGUCUUUUAAGUACAUAAUUCAAUUUGAGUGUAUAACACACUAUCGGCUAAAAAAAUCCCACAAUGUUACACGCUGGCUGUGUUGGUACACUGUAUUGUCUAAUUUUUGGAGGUAUAUUUAUAAUAGCCUAAAGCUCAAGUUUGCCUGACAAUCAGACAAUCGUUUAUGCUUUGUUUUUGUUGUAUAAAUGUCGUAUUACUCUAUUUAAAAAAACAACAACAACGUUGCAGCGCCAUCUGGUGUGACAUUGUAACAAAAGUAACUUAAUGUGAAAUUUAAAAUGUUGUAAACUCCAAUAGAGUAUGCUGUACAAGUUAAAUAUUAAUAAAAUAUGAAAAAAAUU